CCAUCUCUGGCUUGAGGUUCGCUUCCUCCGGUCGGGGGAAAAGGAUCCAUCGUUACAAGCACCAGGCGGAGGUAACCCACGACGCUCAGAUUCCGAUUCGCCCCCGUCGUCGAUCCGCCGAUCGAGGGUGGGCGACCGGAUCGAUCCCUGCCGCCACCAUGCAGUACCACGCCUACAACCGCCUGGGGAGCGGCGGCGGUGGCGGGGGCGGCGGUGGGGGCACGCCCUCGCCCCCGGCGUCGCCCCGGAGGUCGCCCAGGGUCUACCGCCGCGGCAGCGGGAAGGGGAUUCUCGGUAGGGGCGGCGUCGGGCCGCAGGUCGGGCCCCGGGCCUUCCCGCAGCGGAUGGUGUGGAUGAUUCUCUCCCUCCUCCUCCGGCGACAGGCGAUCUUCCUGUUCGCGCCGUUGUUGUAUGUAUCCGCCAUGCUCGUCUACAUGGGCACUCUCUCCAUCGACAGCGGGGUGCGAAUAAUCUCCCGCUCGCCUCCUGGUUCCGUAUACCGGAGCCCUAGACUCUACGAGCGCCUCCGCCCCGACAUGGAUGCCGAUAACUCCACCGACGGCUUAUCAGCUGUAUGGAAACACUCUCACAGAGGUAGUGUGUGGCAACCCUGUGUAAAGACCUCUACGCAUGGCUUGCCUGAUUCAAAUGGUUAUAUUUAUGUUGAGGCAAAUGGUGGCUUGAAUCAGCAAAGGACAUCGAUAUGCAAUGCGGUGGCAGUAGCAGGAUAUCUGAAUGCAACACUUAUUAUUCCGAAUUUUCACUAUCACAGCAUUUGGAGAGAUCCUAGCAAAUUCGAUGACAUCUAUGAUAAGGAUCACUUCAUCAACACUCUGAAAAAUGAUGUACGAAUAGUUGACAACGUUCCAGAGUUCAUAAUGGAUCGGUUUGGUCACAACAUGAGCAAUGUCUUCAACUUCAAGAUAAAAGCUUGGUCCUCGAUUCAGUACUACAAGGAUAAUGUUCUUCCUAAAUUGAUCGAGGAAAGGCUUAUACGGAUAUCUCCUUUUGCAAAUCGGUUAUCAUUUGAUGCCCCUCCUGCAGUUCAGCGCUUAAGAUGCUUGGCAAAUUUUGAAGCGUUGCAAUUUUCAAAUCCUAUUGCAAAUUUAUCUGAAAAAUUAGUCUCUCGAAUGAAAAAACACAGUAAAGAUACUAACGGGAGAUAUAUUGCAGUGCAUCUACGUUUUGAAGAGGAUAUGGUUGCAUUCUCUUGCUGCAUAUUUGAUGGUGGUGAAGAAGAGAAACAAGACAUGGAUGCUGCAAGAGAGAGAGGCUGGAGAGGAAAAUUUACUAAACCAGGUCGUGUUAUUCGACCUGGGGCAAUUAGAAUAAAUGGAAAAUGCCCACUAACACCUUUGGAGGUUGGUUUGAUGCUUAGAAGCAUGGGCUUCUCUAAUGAUACUGCCAUUUAUUUGGCUUCUGGGAAAAUCUAUAAAGCUGAAAAGACCAUGGCUCCCCUCCUUGAAAUGUUUCCCCUUUUACAAACUAAAGAAACAUUGGCGUCAGCUGAGGAGCUAGCCCCGUUUAAGAACUAUUCCUCCAGAAUGGCUGCGUUAGACUACUCAGUGUGUCUUCACAGCGAAGUGUUUGUGACUACUCAAGGUGGAAAUUUUCCUCAUUUUCUGAUUGGCCAUCGGAGAUACAUGUACGGUGGACACUCUAAGACCAUCAAACCUGACAAGAGAAAAUUGGCAUUAUUAUUCGAUAAUCAGAAUAUGGGGUGGAAAUCUUUGAAACGACAAAUGCUUAAUAUGCGAGCUCACAGUGACGCCAAGGGAAUCGAGAUGAAAAGAUCAACUGAUUCAAUAUUCAGUUUCCCUUGCCCUGACUGUAUGUGCCAUGCAAACAAAACAGAAAAUGCAAAACCAUCAUCAGCUCGGUAGUAUGAGAUCAGAGAAUUUUGGCUAACAUUUGUUGCGAUUCACCUGCUAUCAGAAUGGGUGCAUCCUUCAUUCUUUCAUUUGCCUCUUCUGGGAGUGCUGUUAUUUCCAAGUCUCGAUUACCCGAGCUCGUAGAUACUAUUCUUAUAGCCUGGGCAUACUUUGUAUAGCCGAAUAGUGAGUGAAGAUGGUAGCCCAUUCGUUGUUGCCCGGGUGCUGACGGACACUUUUAACUGCGAAUGCCAAUCUCUGCACCUGGAAGUAGUCUGUCCUAGCUAUUCAGUUGCUUGUCUGUCGGCAGAGGCUUGUACAUUAGUCAAUUCUUUUCGCAAACUGGAGAUUCAUCGAGCGAUUUGAUAUGUAGCUCGAAUUCACCCCACCGACACUUGGCCAUUCGUCUGUUGGCAACCACAGAAAUCAGCCUUUAGGGUUUAUCUUCUUCACCCCAGAGUGUGGGGGGCGUUUAUUAUUCAUUUGUUCGAUUAGUUUCUCAAUUUUGAUACUAAUGCUGCUGUAGCAUUGGUGUUCCGUGGUCGCCAUUUUUCUUUUCUUCUUCUUCUUGUGUCACACUCGUUUUGAUCGUCAAAUUAUUCUUAUUUUUCCCUGAUGUACAGAUUGCUCUUGUACUUUACUGAGAAAAGUAAAGAUUAUAUGCCUCACUAUAUUGUGGAUUCA